GAUCCAACAAAGAUCUGCUGCAAGAUCUUCUUGUGCCUUCUGUUGGAUCUUCGUCUCUUCUAUGGCAUGACUGGUUUCACUUCUCCGGACAUGAUUUGAUUAGACCUCAGAAGAACAUUCGGUUGAUGUCACGGCCACUGAGGAAUCCUUUACGGAUUCUUCCCCGAUAAAUGCCCGUCUCGGUCACCCGCUCUUCUUACUGCCGCCAUGGCUUCCUCUCUCUCAAACCACUACUCUUCCCUCCUAAAGCUCUGGUCCCAAACCCAAGACCGAUCGCACCUCAAGAAGCUUCACUGCUUGAUCCUGAAGACUCUCAGCCUCUCGGCCGACACCUUCCUGUCCAACACACUCAUCACCUGCUACGCCAAGUCCGACCUUCUCAGCUACGCCCGCAACCUGUUCUACAAAAUUCCCCAUCCGAAUUCCUUCUCAUGGAACGCCAUCCUCUCGGCCUACUCCAAGGCCGGGUGCAUCCCACAAAUGGAAAAAGUGUUCUUCUCGAUGCCUGAAAGGGAUGGCGUGUCGUGGAACUCCCUCAUCUCGGGCUAUGCAGGCCAUGGCUCCCGAGAUAGAGCUGUCGUGGCCUACCGUGCCAUGUUGAGGGAAGGGCGCAUACCCAACCGUAUUACUUUCUCUACCAUGCUUAUACUCUCGUCAGCAUGCUCGUCGGCCAGUUUGGGUCGGCAAGUCCAUUGUCAAAUAAUAAAGUUUGGAUUCGAGUUGUAUGUCUUUGUGGGCAGUCCUCUGGUGGAUAUGUACUCGAAAUCUGGGUUUAUCAGAGAGGCACUGCAGGUCUUCCAAGGUAUGGAGGAGAAGAAUGUUGUUAUGUGCAACACUAUGAUGAUCGGGCUGCUUCUUUGUGGUAUGGUUGAGGAUUCAAAGAAGUUAUUCCGAGAAAUGGCAGAAAGGGACUCGAUUUCAUGGACGACGAUGGUUACUGGGCUUACAAAGAAUGGAUUGGAGUUGGAAGCCAUCGAUUUGUUUAGGGAAAUGAGAGCAGCAGGUGUCGGCAUCGAUCAGUUUACAUUUGGCAGUAUUCUAACUGCCUGUGGAGGUCUUUCUGCUUUAGAACUAGGGAAGCAGACCCAUGCCUACAUAAGUAGGACUCACUAUGACGACAAUGUUUUUGUAGGGAGUGCUUUGGUCGACAUGUACUCCAAAUGUAGGAGCAUCAGGCACGCAGAAGUGGUUUUUAGGAGGAUGAGAACUAAGAACAUCGUGUCAUGGACAGCGAUGCUUGUGGGCUAUGGUCAGAAUGGAUGUAGUGAGGAAGCUGUCAGGAUUUUUUGUGAAAUGCAAAAACAUGGGGUCGAGCCAGAUGAUUUUGCCCUUGGCAGUGUGAUUAGCUCCUGCGCCAAUCUGGCAAGCUUGGAAGAAGGCACACAGCUUCAUUGUCGAGCAAUAGUUUCAGGGUUGAUUUCAUUCAUUACUGUUUCUAAUGCAAUAGUGACCUUAUAUGGUAAGUGUGGGAUCAUUGAAGACUCACAUAGAUUGUUUGAUGAGAUGCAGACUAGAGACUCGGUCUCAUGGACUGCCUUGGUCUCAGGUUAUGCACAGUUUGGAAAAGCAAAAGAAACGAUCGACUUGUUUGAGAAAAUGUUGAAUGAUGGUGUGAAGCCUGAUGGCGUCACGUUUAUUGGUGUUCUUUCUGCUUGCAGUCGAACAGGGCUGGUGGAGAAAGGAUAUAGCUAUUAUAAUUCCAUGAUACAUGAUCACCAUAUUGUUCCUGUAGCAGAUCACUACACAUGUAUGAUUGAUCUAUUAAGCAGAGCAGGAAGGUUAAAGGAGGCUGAGGAUUUUAUAAAACAGAUGCCUUGUCACCCUGAUGCAGUUGGAUGGGCAACACUGCUGAGCUCAUGCAGAUUCCAUGGUGAAUUGGAGAUUGGGAAAUGGGCAGCUGAGAACUUAAUAGAACUUGAUCCCAAUAACCCAGCAAGCUAUGUGUUGCUCUCAAGUUUGCAUGCAUCCAGAGGAAACUGGGAUGAGGUAGCAAAACUGAGAAGGGGAAUGAGAGAUAAAAAGGUAAAAAAAGAGCCUGGUUGCAGUUGGAUUAAGUACAAGAACAAGGUUCACAUCUUUUCUGCUGAUGAUCAGUCUCACCCCUAUUCAGAGAGAAUAUAUGCUGAACUAGAGAAGCUCAAUGAUAAGAUGAUUGCAGAAGGAUACAAGCCUGACUUGAGCUCUGUCUUGCAUGAUGUAAGUGAGUCGGAGAAGAUUCAUAUGCUUGGCCACCACAGUGAGAAGCUUGCUAUUGCUUUUGGUUUGAUUUUUAUGCCACCAGAACUACCUAUAAGAGUAGUUAAGAACCUCCGUGUUUGUGUGGAUUGCCACAAUGCAACUAAGUUUAUUUCUAAAAUCACUGGUCGGGAUAUUCUUGUAAGAGAUGCCAUCCGCUUCCAUAAAUUUAGUGGAGGAGUUUGUUCAUGUGGUGACUUUUGGUGAGUAGUCAGUAGAUCAUCUUCUUUAGGCACAUCAUUUCUCUGCUCCUGAUGUCAGGACACAGUCAGCUACUUGAACCAGGAAA